AUAGCACUCGAAGAGACAAAAAGGAAUGUCUUUAGACGUCCGUGACAGUUGAAUAAAGCGACUCGCGCGCAGACAACGCGCAGUCGUGUUGCUACAAAUUGUUUUUUUCACAACCUUGGAAAUGUACCGGUACAUCGUGCUAGCCAUUUUUGUGAUAGGUUGGGCGCAGUGUAACGUCAUCAAUGAAGAUGACGAAAAUGAACUCAUUAUGGCAUUUGUGGUGAACAGACACGGUGAAAGGACGCCGGAUUCUGAUGAGUUGUCUUUGUCAGAUCAACAGGAAAAGAUAAAGAAACUAACAAUCAUCGAGGGAUUGGAAGGAUUAACUAAUACUGGCAAACGGAGAGCUUACCAAAUCGGAAAAUUCAUUCGACAAAGAUAUGGAUCUCAGGGCUAUGGACUCCUAUCCAAUAUAUACCUUCAAGAUGAGAUAAUGUUAAGGAGUACUGACAAGGAGAGGACAAAAAUGACGGCUCAAAUGGCAAUGGCUGCCGUCUAUCCACCUGAUUCUGAGCAGCAAUGGGAUGAUGGGCUCGGCAAAGUGUGGCAACCUGUUCCAUACACAGCCGUACCAUUGAAGGAAGAUUAUCUCCGUUACUACUCAAACUGCAAGCGUUUUAAAGACCUUAUGGCUAUCGCGAAGUCCGAAUCACUGUACCAGGAAUUCAGACCCUAUACGGAGCUCUUCAAGUUGGUGCAGACGACGACAGGAAAGGACUUCAGUGAAGAUCCGCUUCUUUUUGAGACCCUCUUCGAUUUGUUUAAGAGUCAGGUAAGCCUUGGUCUAGAUAUACCAAACUGGGCAAAACCCGUUCUGCCGAAAUUGGGAGAAGCUGCAAAACUGGCGUACAGGCUUUAUUACAGAACAGAAGAGAUGAGACGCCUUGGUGGAGGUGUUAUAUUAAACGACUUCAUUGAGACGGCAUUAGACAUAAUCAAUGGGAAGAACGUGACCAAGAGGUUCCAUAUGUACUCAGCCCAUGACUUCAACAUUGGAUCCCUUAUGGAAGUCACUGGGAUCUCCAAACACGAGCAACCCGUUCCGGAGUAUGGUGCUGUCUUUGGAUUGGAGCUCUUCCGUUCGAGGGUGACGGGAGACUUUAGCGUGCUUCCGAUAUAUUUAGCGAAAGCCGGUGAAUCUUCUCUUCAAAAGUUACACUUCACCUACUGCGACGCAAGUGGGAGUUACUGCAAUUUUGACAAGUUUAGAAAUUCAACACGCCAUCAAUUACUUCCAGAAUGGGAGUUCUACAGUAUUUGUGAUAUAAGGACUGAGCUGUGAUAAUAAUUAGUAAUUUAAAUAAAUAUAUUUUAAUUUACCUCUA